CCUUGAUCUGCUCUUUCUCUCCUCCUCAGAAUGUGCCCAUCUGCUGCUGGCCCAUAAUGCACCAGUGAAGGUGAAAAACGCUCAGGGAUGGAGCCCACUCGCCGAGGCCAUCAGCUACGGGGACCGACAGAUGAGUACGCUGGGUGAUUUCUAUCUGGAGCUGCACUGGGAUUUCCAGAGCUGGGUGCCUUUACUCUCACGGAUUUUACCCUCCGACGCCUGCAAGAUCUACAAACAGGGCAUCAACAUCCGUUUGGACACUACACUGAUCGACUUCACCGAUAUGAAGUGUCAGCGAGGAGACCUGAGCUUCAUCUUCUGUGGAGACGCCGCUCCCUCCGAGUCCUUCGUGGUUCUGGACAACGAGCAGAAGGUUUAUCAGAGGAUUCAUCACGAGGCACGUGCUCCUUCAGGACACACACCGGUGAGGCGUCAGUCGCUGACCGCUCCGUCUCCGAACACUAUCUCCUGGGAGGAGUACAUCACCGCCGAGACGGGAAAGGCUCCUCAUCUGGGCCGAGAGCUGGUGUGCAAAGAGAGCAAGAAGAACUUCAAAGCAACUGUAGCCAUGAGUCAGGACUUUCCUCUGAGCAUCGAGUCGCUGUUAAAUGUUUUGGAGAUCAUCGCACCCUUCAAGCACUUUAAUAAACUCAGAGAAUUUGUUCAGAUGAAACUUCCGCCUGGAUUUCCUGUCAAACUAGACAUCCCCGUUUUCCCCACCAUCACUGCCACCGUCACCUUUCAGGAGUUCCGCUACGACCAGUUCCACGACUCCAUUUUUACAAUUCCCAACGACUACAAGGAGGAUCCCAGCCGCUUCCCAGACCUCUGAGCCGCUCGGCGUCUCCCUCUCCUCCCGGCCACACCAGCAGAUGGAGAGGUGUAGGAAACACUCGAUCAUGUGGACACAGAGGGAUCGUGCUGAAGUGAGUGAACCACUACAUGAUGAAGCUCUGGACUGAGCUCUCGCCAGAGACACGGAGCGCCGCUUCACAUCUCCUCUGUAACGGGCAGGAAUACGGCAUUAUAAAUUAUUACACAAGCCACGUUUUCAUCUAUAUCUUUAUUACAAACUUACUUCACUUAAAGGAAACGUGCAUAUUUAGGAAAGAAGUGGAUGGCGAUUGUAUAGGAUUGGAAAGCAAUGUAUAUGUCAUUUCUACACUUUCUUUGUGUAAAUACCACUUCCUUCUCCAGUUCUUCUGCUUGUUGCAUUAUGGGAAACGGGCUUGUUCACUAUCCUUCACUGUGCUUUUGCUUUCUCGCAUCCUAGCGUUCACGGACCGGAUGCAAAUGUAGAAGUGUUUCACUUUAUUUUCACCUUGAUAGAUGGAUGUAAAUACAUUCGGAUUUAAAGAUGUUUUCCAGUGUAGGAUAACUGACAUGCAUUAUUGAGAUAUUAGUGUAAAAUGUUACGGCGGCGAGUGUUUUAUAUGUGUGUUUGCACCAGCAAUACCCCCCAUUGGACAGUUUCCACUUUAAUGUCUUUUAUGUUUAGUUUUUCCUUCUCCGAAACGAGCUGCAACGCUUCCACGACCCACUACUGGCUAGUGUGGAAACUCGCUGUAUUCCUUUUUUAUUUUUGUUACCGGCUUCUUCUCCCUGUGUUUAAUGACGUUAGAUACUCUUCAGAUUUGCUCCCAGAUGCAUUGAGCUCCCGGAUGUUCAGCAGGAACCUUGUAUGAACCUGCUGCACUUUUACAUGACAAAUUCUAAUUAAUAAAAUGUCCACGUAUCAGUCUCUUGUGGGGAUUUGUUUUGGUCCGAUG